AUGGAACGAUUUGGAGGGUCACUCCCUGUAAAAGGAUACAGCGGUGAAUUGGCUGGGAAAAAACGAGUGCAGCUUCCAGCAGAUCAUGGAAAAGGUUUGUUAUUUUGUGUUUAUGUUUAAGUGUCAAACUCCAGGUGUGUUGUUUCAAUGUGAUUUGUACGUGCGUGAAAUAAUUUUGCGCGCUCUACUGGAGCGUUAAAAUGACCUCUCUAAAUUUAUGGAUCGUCUAAAAAAACCAAUUUGUGACAAAGUUUUUCUUGUCUAGAAAAAGAAGCACGUGUUAUCGGUAUGUAUGUGGUCGUGCGUGUUUCUUUACGAAUGAAUUGAACUGUUUGUCAACCACAGCCUACAAACGCUUGACAACAUUCAAUUAAAGUACAGAAGCUUUCCGCUAAGCCUAAUUGAUUGAAAUGGAAAACAAUAAUUUGGUAUCAUAAGCUUUCACGCGCGAACAUUUAUAAUUCAUAUCAGCUUCGAGUUAAAAAAAUUUCUUUAAACUUAACUUACCGCCUAUCAAAUGGAAUCGGGAAGAAUUUUAUCUUGAAGAAGCUUGAAUAGCGAAGUAACAUACUUGAUCCUAUUUAAGAAAAUCAUCCAAAGAAAACAAAAAGCUAAGAUUGUGAUAGAUUAGAAAUCAGUGAACACAUUUCCCAUUCGUUUGUGUUCUAUAUCGUUUUUAAAGAAUAUCAUAUCUUAUAAUGUCACUAUCAAAAAUUCUACCCAAUACACAAUUGUAUCUACAUACAGGUUACACCUCUUACGACUCCAGUAAUUUGUUUCACAGCACCCCCAAAAUAAAGGUAAAUGUUUCUUUCUCAGCAAAGCGACAACAGUAUGGCAAACCUGGGCGCCUGUAUCUUAUUAGUUAGUUCAUCUUCACAGUUAUUUUAUUCCUUCUUUCUUAACCCUUUCACCUCCAAGAUUUCAUUAGUAAUUCUCCUUCCUGUCUGCCAUACAAUUCUUAUGAUAUUACUUCAGAGAAUUUGGUGUUGGAUCAACUAAAAUCUCCUUUUUUGUAAUUUUUGUUUUAUUUUCCUUACUUGUCUACUUGAUAUUGUAGGAAAAAAUUUUGUCUUGCUUAAAAGUAGUGUUUGACCACAAGUUUACAUUCAGAUCAGUGGUUCCCUUGUAACAUAAUGGUGCUGAUGUUUACCUUUUGGCAAAAAUUUUGCAUUUUAAUGGUUAGAGAGUAACCCAGUUGUAUGUCUAGUUCAUCAAACCUUUAACUCCCAAGUUCAACUUUAAAAUUCUCUCAUUCUCAGCAGCCAUGUUUCAGUGUUAUUAGUGAAGAAAGUUUGUUGCAUGAUCAAGAUAAUACCUCAUAAGUGGACAAGUUGUUAAUUCUUGUCACUUCUCUGCUAAAUAAAAUAUUGAUUAAUACUAUAUGCUAAUCAAGAAUUUUAGUAAAAGAGUUGGUGAAUUGACCACUUUAUAAACAUCCUUUACUAACUAUAUCUAAUGCACUAUAUUUCAAUGUUAGCUGAUUAUAUAUGGACAGGGUCUAUUCAUACUUUUUAAAAUAGAAUUGUGUUUCCUGUAAAAAAGCCUUGUAUAUUUUUAUUUUUAUUUAUCACUGAACUCCACAUUGCGAUCUUCAGCCCAUAUCUUCAUCAUAUUCAACAACAUUACCAAGUGGUUACAAGACCAGAACAACCAAUACAAGCUUUCAGACAGGUGUAAGCCCAUCUCGGUCACAGCGCAGUAAAUCUCCAACACGUAGCACAAGUCCUGGCCGUCGACCAGUGAGUCCAAAUUUGCAUACAACAACAAGUCCAAGACUACACAACAGAUCUCUGUCUCCUAAUAGUAAACAGGUCAGUAAAGCCAAGUUUCCUAACAGUCAGUUUAGAUCUUCAGCUAUUUAAGAUUAAUAAACAGUGCUGAAACAAUUCAAUCAGACUUCAUGUAGUUAUAUCAGGUUACAUGUGUUAGUAAGUAGGGUCAAGAGAAAAUUGUCUCCAUGUCCAAAAUGCUAAUUGUUAGGAGAGGCUGUCAAGGGCAAUGUUUGCUAGUGUAGGUGAUGUGACAAGGAAACUUGCCAACAAAAUUAUAGAUUAUAGUGGUUAGGAAAUUUCUAAUCCUGCAAGCAUUUCCUCACAAGAGUUGAUGAAAAGGUUUUAUCAUAUUUAUUAUUCCAUUUACACAUACUAAGCUUUUGAUUUUGCCAAAACUAAUAAAUUCAGGAGAUGUUGCACAUAGGAACUUAGCAAUGGUCUUCAUAAUCUCACUGCUGAGGUCUCUGUGGCUCAGUUGUAAAGCAUCAGAGCUUGAAAUUAGGUGUUGAAGACUCAGAUUUUCUUUUUCCCAUGUUAGUAAUAUAAGCAAUAACAUCUUUCUUUAAGUUUUCUGCUAACAAGGGAAUAGCUUUUAAAACAAUUUUGUUUUAUUCUAACAUGAUGACCAUUUUUGUUUUAGCUCUCUGACGUAGAUAGUGACACAAUACAAAGGCAGAGACGAGAACUUCAGCUGCUUAUUGGGGAACUCAAAGAUAGAGACAGGUAUUUGCAUGAAAGUAGAAAAACAAAAAAACAAACCAAAAAAACCCACCCCAAAACUCCUUUUUAGCCCUAAACAGUCUUGGUUAAUUCAACUUAAACAAUUUUAGAACAGACAUUUUGCAACAUGAAUUAGUUUGAAUAGUACGAUUUUGGUAUUAUAAACUGAAGAACUCAGAAGAAACACAAAAAUAGACAUCAAAAGACCAGAUGACAUUUCACCAAAAAAAGCAGCAGAAAGGGAAAGAAUAGGAGAAAAAAAUUGCUGCACCUUACCACAGAGGUCCAUGGCAACUGUAGAUCCUGCACAGCUAUAAUACAAAUACUGUUAAUCCCAUCAAGUAAAUCCUUCAAAUUUUUCAGCCUCUGAUCAGCAGGAUUUACUUUAGUCCUAAAUUUGCUUUGCACUCUUGAGCACUCUGUUACUGCAGAAACUUGUGCACUGUGUCAUGUGCCCUCUCAAAUUUUUUUCCUAUUUGUUCUGUAAAACUAGAGAAUUGAAUGAUAUGGUACAAGCUCAUCAAAAACAGAUAGUGGCUUGGGAGGAGGACAGACAAAGGGUGAGGGUGCUUAAGAUUUUAUUUGUCUUUAUUUUUUCUACUUGUUCUGUAAAACUAGAGAAUUGAAUGAUAUGGUACAAGCUCAUCAAAAACAAAUAGUGGCUUGGGAGGAGGACAGACAAAGGGUGAGGGUGCUUAAGAUUUUAUUUGUCCUUAGUGGUUUUCAAUUUUAAAGAAAAAACAGCUUUGCAACGGUUGUGACAGUUGGCAUCACAUUAAGUGCAUUGAUAUGGAUGUCGAGACUUAUGUCGCUCUGAGUUACUCUCAAGAUCAAUGGUUUUGUAAAGCCAACAAUUGUAACUGGCCUUUUGAUUUCUCCGACUCGUCUUUCGAGUCUUCGUUCUCUUUGGAUAUGGUUCAGAUUUCAACACCUGCUCAUAAUGAUUCAAGUGUCACCCCUACUCUGCGGCAUAACGAUCAACUGGAGAAUCAAAGGAAUAUCUGUAAUGAUAUCCUGUUAUGUCACUUGAAUAUAAACAGCAUACAAAACAAAUUUGAGGAGCUUGUCGCUUUAAUCAGGAAACUAAAAAUUCAUAUAAUAUUUAUCAGCGAAACAAAAAUUGAUUCCACAUAUCCUGAUAGCCAAUUUGCCAUUCCUGGCUAUACAUUAUACCGUAAUGACAGAAAAAAAAAGGAGGUGGAGGCAUCCUGGUUUAUAUAUCCACACUACUGCCUUGUAGAAGGCUUAAGAUUACCAGGACCUAUAAGACACUGGAACCCCUCGCAGUUGAGAUUAGGCUUGGCACAUUUGAAAUGGUUGUUAUCGGCGUCUACCGUCCACCCAAAUCAGUAUCUGGUGAUUAUCAACUACAACUGGAAGGGGAACUUAAUGCACCUGGGCCUCUUUAUGGAGAAACUUUGUCACUGUCAUUGGCGAUAUUAAUCUUGAUAGACUUAGACCAGAUAAAAGUGAAGGGAAAUUACUCUUAGAUUUGGAAGUGGAACAAGAACUCACAUGUCUUAUUGAUAAACCAACACGCACGGAGAAGAAAGGUCUAUGUCACACCUCUACCCUCAUUGAUGUGUUGUUGACAAAUAAACCAGAGCGAUUUAAGUGAAUACAAGUUCAUAGCUAUGGGUUGAUCAACUCCAAGCUUCAACAUCCCCCAUAUAUUAGCUUAUUGAUACCAAAAUUUGGAACAAUUUGUAAUUAACAUACCAUCAGUAAUUGUUUUAAAAAGGAACAUUUGAAGUUUGAGAGCACUGAUAUAUUCCAUUUCUGUUGACAUCCCACUGCAUUUAGGUGUUUGCUCUUGAGAAGCGAUCUUCCAGGCUUGAAAGUAAGUGAGGUUUUAUGUUCUUGAAAUACUGUAAGUUACAAUGCACUGUACUGUAAAAUCAUGAAUUUCUAAGAAAGUGGAGUUGAUAAAGUUUUCUACACUUACAGGUGAACUCAAAAGUAGAAAUGAACAAAUGAAGGCAUUACAAGCAAGGUAUUGUUUAUUAUUAUUAAUAUAGAUACUGAUGAAAUACCAGGAUUUUUCCUUUUACUAAAAAAUCAUAUCUUCAUUGCGCGCAGUGAAGAUACUAUUUUUAUCUUUGAAGUGUGAGGAUACUGGUGUCGCCAUGGUUACUAACAUGAUUAGCCAAUUACAAGAGAGCUUCCCACUCAGGCGCACAGCUGGUUCUUUUGGAAUUUCAUCAGUAUAAAUGAAAUAAACAGAACAUUACACGGCUGCUUGGGGAUAUGAAUUUUAUUUUUGAGUGUCUCUUACGAGUGAGCGAAGUGAACUAGUGAGAGAUACUUUCAGCACACGAAGAUAAAAUUCGUAUCCCUGCUGCGCACCAUGUAAUAUCCUCUAUUAGACAGAUAUCAAUUAAAAAUAACUUUGUUUCACACAUAGUUUUUUAUGUUAGAAGUGUAAUGUUACUAAUUAAAAAUGAAUAGAAGACAUACAAACAGUAACUUCUUCUUGUUGACAUGCAGGUCUAUAGUUUCUCAAUAAGUAAAGAUCACUUUUUAAUCACGGUGUAAUGACAUUAGAAAAAAAAAAACUAUGCGCCACUUUCUGAUUGAGAUUGAGGUCCAACAAUUGCAAGUUGUAAUUCAAGUUAUUUUAAGGAAUUGAUGUAUUGCUCACUCCAAGGAGUGAAAGGGUAAAAGUAAAAUUAAAUUUUUACUUUGAAGUUAAAUUGAAUCAGUUUGUAGAUGUCACUGAUAGGAAUCCUUGUUGUGAUUUUGCUUUGCAGGCUUAAAGCUUCUGAAACAGAGGAAAAGAACAAAGGCAAAGAACUUGAAGAUACUCAGGUAGUUAUUCAUGCCCUUAGUACUGUUGGAUGAAAGAUGCCUUGAUCUAAGGCCUUGCAUUAUGUCCAACUGGCCCUUUCUGGUGCCACUGAAAGGGCUAUGUUGGAUAGUGGAAUGCUUGAAAACACCUUCUACAAAACUGCUCAGGAUUGCCCUCAGAAGUGAAGAUUCAACUUAGAGAUAAAAUGGCCUUUUUCCAUGAUAGCCUGCACCUGUGAGAUUGGCAGACUAAUCUGACUGGAAGAGCCCACUAGACUACUGGCUGUUGACUCAAUCAAAUGUGUUGCAGUUGUGUGUGAAACAUGCAAAACCAGUUGUGUUAAAGUUUACAACAUGCCCAAGUUUGUUUAGCUUGUAAUUUGUGUCGCAAAAUUACCAUACUUAAACUUACCAUUUCUCCUUGAUCUGUAGCUUCAACUUCAACAAGUUUCAGAACAUGCGAAUACUUCUCUUCAUCAAGUUCAGGAACUUGAAGUAUGUAACAACCUUGUCAAUACACAAUGUAUGACUGAUAGCAUUUAUUACCCUUGAAUCAUUUUAUAAACCCUAGCUGAGGAGACAUAAUACUUAGUGUGCUUAACUGUAGAGACACGGUUGUGGAAUCCUAUCGUAAACAAAUGUUGUUAUUGUUGCUUCGUUAUCAGGAAAAGAACAGUGCUUUAACUUCAUCAAUGAGAGAGUUAUCAAAUACAAUAGGACAGCUUCAAGCCAGAGAACAGGAGCUUUUAACAAAACUUAAACUGAAGGUAUUGCAGCCUAAGUGAAACUUGAAAUGAGACCACAUUCUCUCUUUUAGUUUACCAGGAAAUCUAUAGCAUCCAAAAGGAGAAAUUUACAUCUGUAAAUCACGUUUUCUUACACCAACAGAUUGUGACGAAAGUGAUUUUUAAAUGUUGGUGUCUUCAUUCUUUCUUCAACCUACUGGUCUGCAUAAGUGCUUAAAAUGCUUGUUUGUCAGAAGCAUUUUGUGGUGUGGAUUUGCACCAUAGCUUAGGAUUAUCUCUCAUGUUGUCCUGGACAAUUAAUAACAUUUCAUUACUUGCCUAAGACAUAUAUUUGUUGAUUGUGUUUUCACCUAGGACAAUGACAUAAUGGAGGCAAAUGUGAGCUUAGGAGAACUGCAACAAAAGAUAAAACGUCUUGAAGGAUUAUGUCAGGUCAGUAUUGGCAAAAUAAAUGCAGUCGAACCUCUCCACCAUGGCUGCCUUGGGGAAGAAAUGAUAACAAAAAGAUUCCUUGUUACAUCUUUUUCUUAGGAACUAAGGAAAAGUGAAAGUUCAAUCAGGACAGAGAGAGACCAGUGGAGAGAUCAAGCCACAGCUAACAAACAUGAAGUAGAAAAACUGAGAGGUUGGCAGAAGGUCUUCAGUUUUAAAAGUGUAUUUUGGUUUAUUUUUUUGGGUUGUACUUAUUUAUUUGAUAUUUAUUCAUUUGUUUAACUGUUUGUUAGUUUGUCUUUCGUCUCAUAUACUGUAUAGCUGACAGUUUGCGUUCUUGUUUGUUUUUUUUUCCAGUUGAUAUCAGUAAACAGUUUAGUGAUGCAGACGAAGUUCAAGCUGAGCUUGCGAAGGUAAAACUGUCGCGUACCUGUCGCUGCGCAAAACAAAGUUUCAUCUUAUGGCAUUCAGUUAGUUAGGGAAAUUAGCCUGAACCUGAGGAAUUUCAUGGUCAGAAUUUAUCAGAAGUUUUUGGUAAUGUCUGUUGUUUUAUCUGUGUUUUUCAGACCAAGCAAGAAAUUUUAGUUUUGCAGAAGGAACUUUUCUUAGCAGGUAAUAAGAGACAUACGAAUAACAUACGGAUACAUAUGUAUCUUGUACCUGACGUCAAUUGCUACUCUACGAUUUCUUAGGAGAAAGAGAGAAGAGGAAAGAUCAACUGCUUGAUUUACAAAAGUCGAAACAAGAGAGAACGGACUCAGAGUUGCAAAACCUUCGACAAGUAUGUUCAAUUAUUGUUCUUGGAAAUAAAGAUAGCAAAACAGCUUAUGUCGAUUGAUUGUAACAAACAGGAAAGUUAUAAAUCAUGUCGUCCAGUCAUAAUAGAGGGAGAUAGAGUAAUUUUAAAUGCGUUUCGAUUGUCAUUCGAGAUUUCCUCUCCUGUUUUACUUCGCUCUGUGAUGGAUCUAUGGAACCCGUGAUACCAAUGGAAAGCAAAUCUUAAACCAAUCGAGACUUAAGCUCUUUCUAUUGCGUUUUCCCGGGCAGUUUGUUUUGUUUGUACUUUGAAACCUCAUUGCUCAAAGUGCGCUUUUCGCGGGAAUCCAUGGGAACUUGAUUAAGCGAAAAAGCACGGGAAAAUAUAAGGAAAUAUUUAGUUGCGAUUGGUUUAGCUCUGACGCUGAUUAGUUGAGGUGGACACGGAUUUCCUUGACCAAUCAAAGAGGUCAGAAACGGAAAGUAUCCCGAAUUACUUUGUGCGCUCAUCUAUGAAUUACAACGAUAGUCCGCUCAGUAACGGAGUUAGUAUCAGAAUUGAAACUCGACAUUGAAAUACAAAGCAUCUCAAGAGUUUGGUUUUCAGUUAUAAUAACAAGUAAUCUGACUCUGAUUUACCUUGGCAGAUCUGUGAGAGACAACAACGCGACAUUUCUUACAUGCAGCUGCAGUUACAAAGUUCUCACGAUAUGCUGUCCAAACAUGUCACGGAACCUGAGUAAGUUGUAAACUGCUGAAGAAUAGUACGUUUUUUCAAAGAGACAGAACUUGUUUUCACCCAGACUAUCAGAGUACACUAUCAAAUACUUAGUAUAGAAAUUACGUUCAACACAAAAAGGUUAGCUGUUAGUUAUAAUCGGGAAAGGAAAGCGAAUUGUUGACCAGGUGAAGUUGAGGUUGCAGAAAAAAUAAACUUGGAAAAAAUAUGAAAAUUUGCCUCGCUUUCAGCUUCUGACUUCGCAGUUCUGAUGGCCGGAGCCACUAACUGGUUUUCUGCGAGGCUUGGGAUCGUCACAUUGUAGCCUGAGGGUUACAAAAACACAAUAACGACAACAACUACAACAAGAAUUCAGGCUUCAAUAGGCCUUGACGUCAUGCCUCCCAUAUUUCGACUGGGUGUCUCCGCCAACUGAGUUAAUAAGCCACUUAUUGGGAGUGACAGUACUUUUUAUGACUGGCUCCGUCUCUUGAUUUGCAGUAAAAUGUCAGAGUUGGAAUCUAAUCCCCCGGAUGAAGAUAAAAAGCCUCUAAACAGCUUUUACGAUGCCACGAGUUUUAACCUCAAUGGAGACUAUUUUGACAAUCAGGUGAAUUAGGACGGUUUUUUUUCGUUGGUAAAACAAACCUUAAUGACAGCUAUAAAUUUUUUUUCCCGUAACUAUCUGCAUCUAACCGAUUGACAAGGUGGCGCCAGUUUUUUAGACCAAUCAUAGGUCGAAAUAAAGCAAGACAACGCGAUUCUGCAUAAUCAUUUACACUCAAUUUGUAAUUGCUGCAUUUUGAGUUAUCUCUCGUGGUGAAGAAUUUGGUGCAAAUUUUAGAGAAGUUUCUAGUCAUUAGGAUAUUCCUUCUGCUUUGACUCAUUCAGUUUUGCACAUUUUUCUUGUGCUUAGGAUCAAGCGUCCACGAGGUCAAUGGACUUUGAUGGUAUGUCAAUCUCUUACGGGGUUGUUCGAAACAGCGUUAAAAUCCUCGAAAUGUUCUUGUCCUUAUGAGAGUAGCAGAUUUUUAGGCCAGACAUAUUUAAUAAGAGAUCUAAAUGUAUGGCCCUAGUGAACACAAUGUUUUCUAAUUCGGCCAACCUUUCAGUUUCUUUGUAAUUGGCACAGAAAGUACCUACUGUUAGAAAUUUUGUGAGCUUAUGCUCAUGUCCGACUCUGGGCGUCCAAAUGUUCCAUGGUAGAUUUUUGUGGUGAGGAUCAAUAACUCAAAACUGACAGAGAUCUUUGUCGUGUAAGACGUGUACGUGAAGUAUCCUACUUUAAUUUGCAGGCCCAGUCACUUCUAAAGGCACUGAUGAUGACCUCGCAGCUUAUAUUCCAGGUGUGAAACACAGAAACAAAGUGAUUGUCUGCAUAGUAUGAAAAAAAUCUAACCGAUAUUGAUAUGAAACUAGCAAGACAUUAAUGAUAUACAUUUGAAUGCAAAACCAGAAUACGACAUACUCAACUCUCACUUUUUAACGUCAGGGUCAGUGAGAUGUGAACCCUGACACACAUGUACCAUCUGUGUCCAAAUAGCAAGCACAAGCCUGAAUCCUUCGCGCAAACAUUUCACAAGACAAGUUAUUUAACCUUUUACAACCCAAAAUCGGUCUGCAUAUUCUCCAUACUGUUCUCUAAAUAUUUCCUAAGCUGCUGACAAGGAGAAUUUGUCCAAGAAUCAGGAGCUUUUAUAGUUGCUGUUCAUUUCCUUUAUUCUCCUGACCUUUAUGUGUCAUUCGGGGGUGAUAUGGUAAGGAGAAAUUAGUUAUUUGUCACUCUUUGGGGUAAAAGGAUUAAAGCUGAUGCUUCACUUUGUGUUGAAAAUAAUGUCCAACCAAGGUACGGUUACUAUUUUAUAUUAGGCGGUGGUGGAGUGUCCUCCCUUUCCAUGCACGCGACAGCCGGAAGUGACUUGGCUGACGACUAUGACAGCCUUUCGCAAGAUCCACUUCAACCUCCGAUCACUUCAGAAAGAGGCUUCACAAGUUCAAAUGUUGACACGUUUCUUCCUCCCAGGUGAACAAACGUGCUUUUAUCGGGAGUGAACUCUUUACGGGUGUCAUUUCAUAUUUCUUAACAUGACUUAUUUUUUCCUAUCCUAUAGAAACCCCUCUUAUUUCAGCACACCCAACACAAGAACCGACAUUUAUCCGCCAUUAGGUAACCUUUCUCUCACGGGCGUUCGACUAGAGGACCACAGUAGCCUGUUAUCCUUCUCGCCUGGGAGACCAGUGGAAAUUAAUUCCGUAACAACUACGAGACCUGGGGACACUUAUUCCUCUUUCUCACCUGGUGUAUCUGUACCGAAGACGUCCCCUCCUAAGGUAAGAACUGCUCGGUGGAGCCGCCUUUGGUUCAUUGGUGGCCUUGUGAAACCAAGGAGUAAGUUUUCCUCCCAGAAGAAACGGCAAGCAAUUGGAGUGAAUUUUGAGUGUCGUAAAUCCAAAACCAAAGCACUGAAAGAAAAAUGACCAAUUAGAACAAGAAAAUAUCAAGAAGCGACUGUGAGGACUUAAAUUCAGCCAACUACCCUAAGCGCGGGAAAAACGCGAGUGACCAUUACCCGUUUUUUUGUUUGUUUGUUUGUUUGUUUGUUUUUUUUUUGCGAGAUCUGAUUGGUUGAGGUGGCAUGUUUUCUUUUUUUAGACCAAUCACAGAGCGUCAUAAAGUUAACUCACAGCAAUCUCGCAUUGUUGUCCACGUUCAAUUGAAAAUUUCUCCUAAUACUAUUAUUUUUAAGCUUGUGCAUGAUUUUUUCCCAAAUUUAUUUUAGUUUUGAUUUUUAGAACUGCAGUUUUCCUAGAUUCUAUUGAUUAACUGAACAAAUUCAGUUAACUAACGAUUAUAGGUACAAACGCUGAUUUGCGGCUGAAAAAUGCAGGUUGUAACCUAACUUUCGAAUGACAAUCACUGUAACAAUUUGAGAUCCCUUAACGUAGCACAUAACUACUAACGUAGCUCACUGUCAGAUAGUAACAAUAAUACAACUAACAGAAGUUCCAACAACUUGCGUGACAGGACAGCUGUGCCAAGUUGGGUGAACUUUUCUUUUCUUUCUCCUUUUAUUUCGUUCUUACCCCAGGCGGAGGGGGACGCUUCACCGACCAGUAAACUACAUCGUCUGCUCGCGGAGUCUCGACAAAUGGUUCAAAACCUCGAACAAUCCUCCACAUUCUCCCUGACCGGAAGUCCUAAUCAGGUUUGCAUUAGCGUCACGCAUUUCAGUUUGUCACGCUAUACCUUAAGGCUAGGUUGCGUUGGAAAGUGGCUUAGAUGAAAAAAAAAAAAAAAAAAAAAAAAAAAAAAAGAAAAGAAAAGGAAAGAAGUAAAAAAGGAGAAAAACUUAAAACAAAGGUUUUGGCUGGGCUGGUCAACUGGUCACUGCCAGAGGAAGCUUUUCAUGAGUUUUCGCGAAGCAAAAUUUUCAUAUUCCAAACGUUGGCUGAAAAACAUAUCGGGACUGUUUCAAUCAUCGGUAUCUUCCUUUUAGUCUAAUUAGCGAUAAGGCUAACAUUAACAAAUAGUUCUAUUGAAGUUUAAUGAAUGGUAAUGUAUUGCCAUUGUCACUUAACAUUUAAUACAAAAUUCUACUUGUAACCGCAACUGCAAUUACGUCAGUGUCCUUCUUUAAUCAUGUAUUCCUCGCUCGCUAAUAAAGUUCCUUAAUGAUUAUAGGAUAACAAUUGCAUUUGCAGUUAACCAUUUUAAGCUCCCAGCGAGGUCAGACUGAAAUUUUACCUCCCUUUAUUAGUGUGAUAGUUUAAGAAAAGAUUCUUAGAAUUUUAAGACAUUGAUUACUAGGAAAACUUGCUUUGAGUUAAGGAGAAAGUUGUUACUACCUUAGGAAAUAUAUGGAUUUUACUUAAAAUGUGUACUUUUAUUGUACGCAUGCUAAGCCAGUAGAAAUCAGACCCAUUUUCGGAAGAAGUUCCGGUCUCCAAAGUGUGUUUCAAAUCCAGGGGUGUGGUUUUUAAAACUAAUCAAUCAAGAGCGACGUUACAAUAUUUUGUGUCCUCUUUUUCUGCGACAUGCAAAAAUAUCUUCUAGUUGAGGAGAAACAAAAAACGACAGUUAAUUUUGACAGAAAAGCAGCAACACGAGAAGGAAGAUUUUCCAGAACGUGAAAAGGACUUCUAAGGAUGAAGAAGUUUGACCUAGACUCGUGAAUUGAAUGUAGCUCUUUUAACCAGGCUUUCUGUUUGAUUGUCCGGUGGUGUAGUUACAAUCCUGUCUUGUUGGUCAGCUUUUCGUAGCAGGAAGUUGAUACCAAUGAACGCUCUCUAAAAGAUAACACGCUCUGUCUCUGUUUCUCUUUAGGACUCCACGGUUCCCACGAGUGAGCAGUACACACCGCCGCAAAGACAUCUGGGAAGUCCACUACAUUCGCGUCCAAUACCCACCUCUACUGAAUGAAAAGUAAGCAGUACGUAUGGGUAGUGUUUUUUGCGUGAUCUGAUGGGCUGCUUAUGCCGAGCAAGUUAGCUUUAUCCAUUUUAUUUUGAAAGUCUUCAGUUCGCUUUACUAAGCUGCAAAGUAUUUAAACUGUGAACUAUUUUGGAGCCUGUUUGAACCUUUGGCUUAUGACUCUGCAGGAUUAUCUUUCAACAAGUUUUGGCUAAUUCGGCAAGUGAGCUACUUGACUAUAUUAUUUUGUGCUUCGCUACUAAAAACCUACUUUAAACGUGAGUGAAAAAAAAGGACAGAACUAUUCGCAGGUGUGAAAAUUAAGGCCGACUUUUCUCGGGAUGAACUUAUCGUGACAUAACAUCUGGGACAUUGUAACCUAGUCAACGACAAGAAAAUGAAUUUAAAAAAUAUAUAUUAACUACAAAAAACCUCUCUCUUUUCAACGUUUUAGUGGAUCGAUUAGUGGAAUGAUUUAUCGUUCACCUCUAACCUAUAAUCUUUCUCAUCCGUGGGGUUUAUUUUAUUUCAUUUCAUUUUUUGUCUCACUAUACUUUUCUCCCUUGAUAUUGCAGAUUAACAUGUCCACAAUUUUGGGCUGAUCCUAACGACGCGCGCCCGCAGUGCUUCUGUGCUUAAAACUUGAUUCGUCUCACAUUCGGAUCGUCUUCGGAAAUCCGAAUACUUCCGUAAAGCCAGGUGUGACUGCUCGAAUCAAAAUGGUUUCCAACAUUAAUCCACGUGAAGUUAAAUUUUGUUUCGAUAUAAAUAGUAUAGCUUGAGUUACAAUUGUGUUUUAACUGUACAUAACGAAUACUGACUAUUAACUUUACCUUUUUUCAUUAUUUUUUGUUAUGAAAUGAAAGAGAAAAAAAUCCAUUUCGUACAAAUUCAUUCUAAUGUACUCUUUUGUUGACCAAAAAUACAAUGCAAAUAUCUUUGAAUUAUUUUUUUUUAUGAUAUUUUAAAAUUGAUUGAGUUAUAUUGAGAAACGGAUGUAUUUCAUUUUUAAUAUCUCGCCUUUUCAGAUUAAACAAAUGCGAACGAACUCGUUCUCCUCUAUGACACAGUUUGAAAAUUAGUUCUCUUAAGCUUUGAGUUCAUCUCCUACAGGCCAGGUGUUAAAGGCUACACAUUACUACUAGUUUAUAUACAGUUAUAUUGCUCAUGUUGGAUACUGGUGUUAUAAGUUUGGUAUUAUUGUGCAAAAAGAAAAGUUCACCUGACGCAACAUGUCGCAACUUUUUGGAACAGAAGUAGUUAUACUCACAGCAAACGUUCUUUAGCCUUUAGAGUCAUACAACCAUUUUUUCUUUCGUGAUGAGAAACGCGCCUGCAACAAGACGCACGCGUGGCGUAGCCAGAUGGAAAAUUAGCGGAUGAUAUUAGAGCCUCUCUCUUAACCGAUCGCGCGUGUCAGCAGGCAGUCCACGCGUUAUCGCGUGGGUCAUCGCGUUGGAUUUCAACCAGGCAAUCACGUUGGAGGGAAAUAUAUUAGGAACAUUUACUCCAACAUUUUAGCCUAAAUGUCAACCACUAAUCGAGAGGUACAACAGAAUUCUUAUGUUUUGAUACACGUACUCAUUUCAUCUAUUAUACCAACCAGUCGUAAACUUUACAUGAUCAUGUUUUAUUAUCUUGUUUGGUUCGUAAAGAGAGAAUGAUUUUAGAUAGACUCUUAUUUAAUAAUUAUUAUUUAAUUGAUGUGAAUCUAGAAUCUUGUGUAUGAACUGUUGAUUUAUUUCAUUCAGAAUUUGAUCGGGUGGGGCGGGGUGUGAUGACAAGAAAGAAAGAAAGUAAAGUGUGCGAAUCCAAACUGGUUGAUGGCUGUAUUUUUUUUCUUUCUUUCAAAUGUCUUCUUCGAUAUCAACAUAAUUUUAUCAGGAAAUAAUAAGUUCUUGAUUUGAAAAAUGUCACAAUGGGCUCACAAAUAGUUGGUUUCCUCAGGGGGUUCCUGAGCAUGGGCUUCUCCUAUUUCACCCUCCCCUUCCUUGCCGAGUACGCAAAAUCCUCUGAGUUCUUCGUCACUAUUGCCUCGUGUUGGGAUCUUGAAUAACAAACGGCUUACUACAUCUCCAUUGUUUCUUAAUAGUUGCCCGUAAUCAAGAUUAUCUGUCAACUGAAAUACUUUUAGAGCUGGGUUACAAUCUAUCGAUCUGCUGCGUCAGAGCACGUCAUGCUCGUCAGUUCACGUGCCUUGUGAACAGAAAUUCGUGGGGCGAAGAACGUUGUCACGAAACUGAGUUUCGUUUUAUUGUAAAGCGCACGAUUACCAGGCUGCGAAAGUAGAGCUUAUAUCCUCUUAAUUUCCCUCUAAAACGUAUUAGUAUUCAUGCAAUUUUUGUUGCUGAAUAUUUGGUAAAUAUUCUUUUGACCUUAAACGAUUUUGCUAGGAGCUCUAUCUCUGGAGAUUGAAUGUUAUUGGCGCCUGACGCAUAACAAUACGCGAGUAACAAAGCGAAUUCUUUUAAGAGCAAGGGAUCGCUGUAAUUCCUUUUUCUUCCAGAUCACUCAUUGCACGCGGGUAAAGAUAACUUUUAAACGUCCCUUUGUUCCUUCAAUUUUCUAGAAAAAGUUGGAGCAUUGAUUAAAAAAAAAAACAAUUGCGACAAGUGUCAAAAAUUUUAGAAAUUGGCAGCUUGAAUUUUUAUGAACGUUCGUAUUCAUGGAACCAAGGGAUAUUGUCAUUCUAAUUAAUCUAUUUCGCUUGGAAAAUAAUGCCGUCAAAUUUAUUUCCUGUCCUGGGAAAAAAUAAAGAACUGUUUCACUGCUAACAAGCGAACAGGUGCUUCCUAGUUUUCCUCUAUCUGCAUCGAGAUUGAUAGGAGAAAACGCAUUUUGAUUAGUGUGAACUUGAUUUUAUGACUUCUCUGGCGGAGCAAAUUAUGCAGAUGUAAUUAAUAUUAAUUUUAACUCAAAGGUAAUCGUUACUUUUUGGUUGCCACGAAAAUUUUAUCUAAACGAAGUGCAGUCUCGCUUGACCUUCGUUUCAGUUUAUCUCAAUGAAAUGAUGACAGUUUCAUUCGUAAUAUUGGCAGCGUUAUGACUUUUCACCCCGAUAUUUUAAAAACAGACGUGUCUUUCGAUAUGCAAAUACGCUGCGAGGUUUAACAAGUAAAAGAUCACUUAGCAACUCAAAAACUGAAACAUCCGUUUUACUCAGGCAGCAGUAAUUUUCCAUACCGCUCGGUUGUGUUUACCAGUUCGCGACGUUUAACUAGGCUUCAAUGCAAUUAAUACCCUAAGACGAAAAUCGCUUCUUUGUGCUUGACACCUGAAGGAGAACGAAACCUUCUAGAAUUUACAUUCACGUCCUAUGGGUGAUUUCACUUGUUUGAAGUAGAUGAAGCCGGCGAUCAAGGGCAGCCCGAGAGAUCGAUAAUUUUGCGCAGUGUGUUCAGAGUUCAGGUUCAUUUGGAGUCUGAAAGUAAAUUGUUUUUGUCUCGAGUACAAAACUCUGAGUUUGAGCGGAAAAACACACGUGAGUACAAGUUAUGUGUAAACAUGGAACGUGCAGUUGAUGUAUUGCGAGACGCUUCAGUAUGGCUUCGAUCUCUGCCAAAGGGAGAUAUUAAUGAGAAGCAAGAAGAAGGAUUCCCGUUCAAGGAAGAUGCUCCCACGACAAAACCUGACGCCAUCUGGUCUAAAACUAAAGAACCCCAGAUCGUCGUCGAGACUGAUUCGUUUGACAAAAAGAAACUGAAGGAUAAAGAUGAUGAAUUCAACUUCGACAAGGCGCGAGAAAAACUGCGAGAGAAGCUUGAAUCUGUAUUAGCUUUUCCGAGCGAACUGAAGGAAAAAUUCCAAACGAAAUUUCUCCACGACACCGCAGUUAAAGUUGACAUUUCCGAAAGAGAAGAGACCAGAUCCGGGAAAGAAACCGACUUUGAUCGAGAGUAUGACAUAAUCGAAUUGCGCGAAAAUAUAUUCGUCAUCGGAGGAGCAACCGAGGGCAACGAAAGCGAGCCCUCUUCGGCUGUUGGAGUCUUCAAUUGUGCCGAAAGAACAUGGCGGGAAAUUGCGCCUUUGCCGGUGAAGACAACGGCUUGUUAUGCUACGGAAGUAACAGCUAUUCCUGCUCUUGUGGUUGCGGGCGGUUUUGGUGGAUGGAAGGCCCUUAACACGGUUCAGAUGUACGACUGGGUUACUAAGGAAUGGUGCAUCCUUAAACCAAUGAGAAAAAGACGAUGGGGCUGUUAUGCGACAGGAACAGAGCACGGGAUUCUCGUAGCUGGAGGCUGCGACCAAGGUACUGUCCUAAGCAGUGUCGAACUCUACAACGUCAAGAAGAGAGAGUGGUUCACACUUCCAGAGAUGCUGGAACCCCGCUGCAACUUUGGUGGCGGAAUCAUCGACCGGAAGCUGCUUGUGGUUGGAGGUGGAUCAGGCUUCUACUUCAACAGCGCUAAGAAUUCAGCUGAAAUUUUCGACGGAGAGAAAGGAAAAUGGACAAAGCUACCGCCAAUGAAGCGAAAGCGCUACGGCUGUGCUGCUGUGGCAUGGAAAAGAAAGCUUUUUGUGGUUGGUGGCUGCGACAAGAGCGGAUCCGAUGUGCUAGAAAUUGAGGCGUUUGAUUUGGAGGGACAUGUAUGGCUAAACUUUCCUCCGUUACCCGUAGGAUAUUCUUUGUGCCGGGCUAAAAUUGUGCAAAACAUGCUCGUGGCAUUUGGCGCUGAUGGUGGUGAAAAUACCGCAUAUGCCUUUGAUUUUGAACUCAACAGAUGGGAGAGGUAUAUCGAGUUACCACAAGGCAGAAAUGCUUACGCUAUUGGAGUUAUCGGCAUUUAA